CACAUCGGAAGCUGCUGCAUUGCCUAUAGGUCUAUGCGGCUCACUUCGGCUGGCACGUCGUAAGAAUUAAAGAGAAAACCAGUGCUCAAUGUAUGAACCAGCUAGUCUUCGAUUGAAAAAAAAGCUUCUAUUAGCCUUGUUUGUGGUUCCCGGUGAAGGUCAAGGGCGAGCAAGCGACGUCACCAGCUACCGCCUGCGGUAGGUACCUAAAAGCCCGCCCUGAGAGUUUACAUAGACCCCACCGCACUCAGUCAACGCGUCCAAGCCACCAACCACGCCACUACCCUCAUCUUCAACAGCAGCAUUACUACACUGUUAUGUCUGAAGCUGCCCCCGACCAAGACGCUCUCAUCGCUCAGCUUGCUAGCCUGACUGGCCUCGAUCCCGCAACCGCAGAACGCUACUUGAACGCCUCCAACGGUGAUCUCACCCUCGCUGCAUCUCUCUUCUUCGACGAGUCGGCCGAACAACAAGACGACACUUCCGAACCAGACGUCGACAUGGCUGGUGACGAAUCAAACACAGACGCACCCCGUGUGCCCGAAGGAGCUGGUGGAGGACGCACUCUCGGAGGCGCAUAUGUACCCUCACCUGCGCCCGAAGCAUCUCGAUCAUCAUCGCAGUCUGCUGCUGCUCGCGGACAGCCUGCCCAGAGGGGCGUAGCAGGUGCGCGGACGCUGAGGGACCUGCAGUCAUCAGGUGGCGGACACGGACACGCCCACGAUGACGAUGAUGACGAUGAGAACCCUGAUGAUGAGAACCAGGACUUCUUCGCUGGUGGUGAGAAGUCAGGUCUUGCCGUUCAAAACCCCAACCAGUCGAAUCCGCGCGACCAGAUCAACAACAUCCUGAAGCGCGCACGACAGAACGCUCCCCGACCAGGCGGUGACGAGGAGCAGCCCGCCAGUUCCUCUCAUUUCCGUGGCGCAGGUACUACCCUGGGAGGCGAUGAUGCUCCCUCCCGAACCAUUGCAGACCCCACGGCCAACAUCCCCGCACCGCCCCCGCGCGCCCACCGCGAGCUUCAUCUCUGGCGUGACGGCUUUUCAGUCGAUGACGGCGACCUGUUCCGGUACGAUGACCCGGCCAACGCACGUACACUAGAGAUGAUCAACACGGGUCACGCUCCAUUGCAUAUUCUCAAUGUGGAACACGGCCAGGAGGUGGAUGUCGAAGUGCACGCGCACAAGGACGAGGACUACAAGAAGCCAAAGAAGAAGUACGUUCCCUUCUCGGGUAGCGGAAACCGUCUAGGCAGCCCCACCCCUGGUGCAAGCUCAGCGGCUGCUCCCAUGGCACCGGCAGCUUCAAGUAGCACGGCGGCCUCGACUCCAGCGGCCUCUGCGCAACCUACCGUCGACGUCGACUCAUCGGCUCCGACCCUCACGCUCCAGGUCCGCCUUGGUGACGGUACACGGCUGUCCUCGCGGUUCAACACUACACACACUAUUGGCGACGUCUACGACUUUGUCAACAGGGCUAGCCCGGCCAGUCAGGAUCGCGAGUGGGCGCUCAUGACCACGUUCCCCAGCAAGGAGCUGACGGACAAGGCCCAAGUGCUGGGUGACAUUUCAGAGUUCAAACGUGGUGGUGUAGUGGUGCAGAAGUGGAAGUGAGGACGCACUGUACGUGGAUGCACCUGCGAGUCCGGAUUGCCGUUUAUA